AUGAAGGAGACGUGCGGCAGUUCUGUGGUGGAGAACCAGCCACAAAGGCACUACGGAAUCUCCUCUCCAAUUAGCCUGGCACCUCCAAGGGAAAUAGAUUACAUCUAUACACAGAAGUUGAUUGAGGCCAUGGAGCCGUUUGGUGUAUUUGAAGAUGAGGAAGCGCUAAAUCGAAGGUUAGUUGUUCUCAGGAAACUGAGUAACUUGGCCAAAGAGUGGAUUGUGGAAGUUGCCGAAAAGAAGAACCUCCUGUCUUCAGUCACGUCAAGUUCUGGGGGUAAAAUAUUUACAUUUGGUUCCUAUCGGCUUGGCGUCCACACCAAAGGUGCUGAUAUAGAUGCUCUCUGUGUUGCCCCCAGACAUGUGGAAAGGUCAGACUUCUUCCUGUCAUUCUUUGACAAGCUAAAGCGGCAAGAUGGUAUCAGAAACUUGAGAGCAGUAGAAGAUACAUAUGUACCAGUAAUCAAGUUUGAAUUUGAUGAUAUUGAGAUCGACCUUGUGUUCGCAAGGCUUGCACUGCAGUCCAUUUCUGACAACCUGGACCUUCGAGAUGACUCGCGUUUGAGGAGCCUCGACAUAAGAUGUAUACGGAGCUUAAAUGGCUGCAGAGUUACCGAUGAAAUACUUCAUUUAGUACCAAACAAGGAGAACUUCAGGCUGACGCUGAGAGCAAUUAAACUGUGGGCAAAACGGCGUGGGAUUUAUUCCAACGUGCUGGGAUUUCUUGGUGGCGUUUCUUGGGCUAUGUUGGUGGCAAGGGUAUGCCAACUAUAUCCAAAUGCUUUAGCAUCCACGCUAGUUCACAAGUUCUUCCUAAUUUUUUCCAAGUGGGAAUGGCCCAAUCCUGUUUUACUGAAACCGCCUGAAGAGAGUAACCUCAACUUGCCUAUCUGGGACCCCAGGGUAAAUCCAUCUGACAGGAAUCAUCUCAUGCCCAUAAUCACUCCAGCCUAUCCACAGCAAAACUCCACAUAUAAUGUGUCAACAUCAACCCGAGCAGUCAUGGUAGAAGAAUUCAAACAAGGUCUUACUGUUACAGAAGAGAUUCUCCAAGGAAAACUGGAGUGGUUGAAGCUGCUUGAACCACCAAACUUUUUCCAGAAGUACAAGCAUUACAUUGUGUUGACGGCCAGUUCUUCAACUGAAGAGCACCAUUUGGAAUGGGUUGGCCUGGUGGAAUCUAAAAUUCGUGUGCUUGUUGGGAACUUGGAGCGGAAUGAAUUUAUAACAAUUGCACAUGUAAAUCCACAGUCCUUCCCUGGGACCAGAGAACAAUACAAAGAGAGCAACUAUGUAUCCAUGUGGUUCCUUGGAGUAAUUUUUAAGAAAGUGGAGAAUUCAGAGAGCGUGAACAUCGACUUAACCUAUGAUAUCCAGUCAUUCACAGAUACAGUUUACAGGCAGGCAAACAACAUCAACAUGUUGAAAGAAGGUAUGAAAAUCGAAGCUACUCAUGUGAAGAAGAAACAGCUUCAUUAUUACUUGCCCACAGACAUCUUGCAAAGGAGGAAAAAGCAGAGCAUGCCAGAUAUCGGUCAGAACGCUUGUGGGCUUGUGUUGAAAAGGGCCUCUGUGGAUGAAGGCUGCCUGGACAGUUACAGGAACACAGAUGUUGGGACGCAAUACAGAGCUGCUCCAUUGUUCAACCGGGUUGCUGAACUCUGCAAUACUUCUGCUUUGAGAGAAACUGAAAGGAAUGCUGCUCUUCAAAGAACCACAGCCUUCACAAGUCGAGAGAAACCAUCAGAUGUCACUCGGCCUUUGCUGCCUGUACCAGGGCCGUCGAUUCCAUUGACUGGUUCUCGGUUGGAUUCCACAGUCGUGAUGGAAGUGGCUCCACAUCCGAGUGCCUGCAGCAUCUCCACAGUUGCAGGGCAAAAUAUUGUUCCUCCAGUAAUUACUUCUGCUCACAAGAGAAGCCACUCGCCUUGUUCAGAAGAAUGCUUUAAAAAGCUGAAAGACAGGGAAAAGUGUAGCCAUGAAGAUGGCAUUCCUGUUCCACCUUCUGACACAUUGAGGUCACGGCGACUUUCCAGUAAAGAGUUGCCAGAUUCAUCCUCUCCAAUUCCUGCAAAUAGUGUUCGUGUAAUUAAAAACUCCAUCAGACUGACUCUUAACCGGUAA